AUGCCUACCCUUCGCAUAGCCAUCCUCGAGUGUGAUACACCGCUAGACAAGGUACUCAACAAAUACGGCAGCUACGGCGAUAUCUUUACUGCACUCUUGAAACAAGCCGGUCAAGAAUUGACGGAGAGUGGAGAAGAAGUGCAGGUGGAAUGCACGAGUUAUGAUGUCGUCGACAAGCAAGAGUAUCCCGAGGACUUGGACAAGGUAGAUGCUGUGUUGAUGACGGGAAGCAGUAAANNAUACAACUCCUUCGACAAUGACCCCUGGAUCCUAAAAUUGGUCGACUUUACAAAACAGAUCCUCGCCUCUGGCUCCCGUAUCCGUGUCUUGGGCAUUUGCUUCGGCCACCAAAUCGUCGGACGCUCUCUAGGUGCCAAAGUGGCUCGCGGCACCCACGGCUGGGAAGUCAGCGUCACACCUCUUGAACUCACCUCCCAAGGCAAAGAAAUCUUCGGCGUUGACUCUUUGAGUAUACACCAAAUGCAUCAAGAUAUGGUAUAUUCAUACCCAGAAGGGGUUCUUCCAUUGGCACACACGGAUCGCUGUGAAAAUCAGGGUAUGUAUGCCAAGGGACGCUUGAUCUCUGUGCAAGGACACCCAGAGUUCAACAGGGAAAUGGUGACGCAUAUCUUGACGGCGAGACAUGAUGCCGGUGUUUUCAAUGACGAGAUUUACGAAGAUGGCAUCAAGAGGGUGGGAGAGACUCAUGGAGGCGCCGUGAUUGCAAAGGCGUUUUUGCAGUUUUUGAUGCAAUGA